GCCAGAGCAGGGGAAGCUGGAACUUUUGAAUGUGAAGGAAGAAAUUACUGUACAAUUUUUUUCUUGCAGGGUCAGAAAUAUCCGUUUAUUCUUUUAACCACACGGAUGUCUCUAUUUUUGGAAGAGCAAGGAAAUAUAUAAAUGCCUGGGUUGUAUUUGUGCUGUAGUUGCAAACACCGAGCAGUUAAGAAGAUUUUGCCGAAUUUUGCAAAGCAGCCAACAAACCGCCUUGGGAUCGUGGUAAUGCGACUGGGAAGACCUUUGCUCUCAUUUGGCAAUAUUUUGGAUAUCCUUGAAAAUGACACCAAAAUAUGCCUUAAUUUGACUAAGAAGAGGUUAAACAAUAUUGGUAUUCAUCCAAAGUGAUUUUUUUUUUUAAAGCAGAUGCUUGGCUUUCAUGGAAAAAAUGGGAGUUGUGGAAGAUUCAUUUAAACUACCAACCAAAAGCAUCCUAGACCACUGAAAUAGUCUGCAUCGUACAUCAGCACUUUCUUUUCAUCUUUAUUACGUAAAACCUCUGGAAGCACCUUGGGCGGUUUACAUUUUCUUUUCUUUGCUACAGAAGCAGUCCCUUCCAUGGAAUUCUGACCUGUGGUGAACAGGACCCUGGCAAAGGCUCUGCUGGGGACUCUAGGAAGAUCCCGCCUCCGAUCCAGCCUGGUUAAUUGUGAAAAGUGUACACAUUUCUGGCUUAUCUAUGCUUUGUUAUGGGUCUGACGUGAAACUACCUCCUCCCCAGCCCACCCCCCAGCAGAGCACCAAAAUCCAGUUGAAUUGUUACAGUGUUUCGGAGCUGGAGCCUUGAACUGCUUCCUUGGUCAAAUAACUUUGUUUCUGUGUAAAAAGGCAUUUCAGGGGUGGAAAAAAAAGGAAAAUCGAGAGAAAUUCAAAACCAGGAUGCCUUGAGACACACGCAGCAUCUGGUGGAGGAUUACCAUACAUACAUGUGUAUGUAUGCGUCACGUAUAUAUUUACUGCAAAUGGUGGGGAUCGCUUAGUGCCCGAGAUGGGAGACCUGAAGUCAGGUUUUGAAGAGGUGGAUGGCGUGAGGCUCGGCUACCUCAUCAUUAAAGGAAAGCAAAUGUUUGCCCUCUCCCAAGUCUUCACGGAUCUGCUGAAAAACAUCCCGAGGACGACCGUGCACAAGCGCAUGGAUCAUCUGAAAGUGAAAAAGCACCACUGCGAUCUGGAGGAGUUGCGGAAACUCAAGGCAAUCAACAGCAUCGCCUUCCACGCCGCCAAAUGCACGCUCAUCUCCCGGGAAGACGUAGAAGCGCUCUACACCUCCUGCAAAACCGAGCGUGUCCUCAAGACCAAGCGCAGGAGGGUCGGCCGGGCCCUAGCCACAAAGGCGCCGCCGCCGGAGCGCGCCGCCGCCGCCGCCAGCCCCCGCCCGGGUUUUUGGAAGGACAAGCACCAACUUUGGCGGGGCCUGAGCGGAGCCGCGCGGCCCCUGCCAAUCAGCGCGCAGUCCCCGCGCCCGGGCGCCGCCGCCGCGCGCCCUGCCGCCCAUCUACCUCAGAUUUUUAGCAAAUACCCGGGCUCGCACUACCCGGAAAUCGUGCGCUCGCCUUGCAAACCCCCUCUAAACUAUGAAACUGCCCCGCUCCAGGGAAACUACGUCGCUUUCCACUCGGACCCUGCUUAUUUUCGGAGCCUGCUGUGCAGCAAGCACCCGGCCGCCGCUGCCGCCGCCGCCGCCGCCGCCGCUGCCGCCGCUGCUGCCGCCGCCGCCGCCGCCGCCGCUUACUACCAGGCUUCGGCGGCCGGGCCCCAGCCCAAGGCAUCGGCUGGUUCCGGAGGCCCGGUGAGCCUGACCUACCGGUGCAAGCGCAAGCGCGGGGGCGCCAAGGACUGCCUGCUCGCGCCCCACGCCGGCGCCCGCCGCCUGCUGCUGCUGCCCAGGUCCUACAAAGCCAAGGCGGCGGCGGCGGCCGCCGGGGCCACUUGCCUGGAGAGGUUUCAUCUGGUUAACAGCUUCUGCCCGCCUCCCCACCACCAUCACCACCACCACCACCACCACCACCAUCACCACCACCACCAUCACCGGGCCCAGCAGCCGCAGCAGAAUCACCACCCCCCUCAUCACCACCGGCCGCAGCCCCAUCUGGGCAGCUUUCCCGAGAGUUGCAGCAGCGACUCCGAGUCCAGCUCCUACUCGGACCAUGCAGCCAACGACUCAGAUUUUGGCUCCAGUUUGUCCAGCUCCAGUAACUCUGUGUCCUCGGAGGAAGAGGAGGAGGAGGGAGAGGAGGAGGAGGAGGAAGAGGAGGAGGAAGAGGAGGAGGGGGGCAGUGGGGCCUCGGAUUCCAGUGAAGUCAGCUCGGAGGAGGAGGACUCGUCCACGGAGUCGGACUCCAGCUCCGGCUCCAGCCAAGUGUCAGUGCAGAGCAUCCGUUUCAGGCGCACCAGCUUCUGCAAGCCUCCCAGCGUGCAAGCGCAGGCCAACUUCUUGUACCAUCUGGCCUCUGCCGCCGCUGCAACCAAACCCGCUGCUUUCGAGGAUGCCGGCAGACUUCCCGACCUCAAGAGUAGUGUCAAAGCGGAGUCGCCGGAGGAGUGGAAUCUGCAGAGCUGGGCCCCCAAAGCGUCUCCGGUGUACUGCCCGGCCAGCCUGGGGAGUUGUUUCACAGAGAUAAGGAACGAUAGGGUAUCUGAAAUUACAUUCCCACACUCUGAAAUUUCCAGUACUGUAAAGAGAACUGACCUGACAAUUAACUGCCUGGCGGAGGGGGCCUCUUCACCUAGCCCAAAGACAAACAAUGCAUUUCCACAACAAAGAAUACUCCGAGAGGCUAGGAAAUGCCUACAAGCAACUCCUACUACACACUGUGCAGAUAACAACACAAUAGCUGCUAGGUUCUUAAGUAAUGAUUCUUCAGGAGCAGCAGCAAAUUCAGAAAAAGAUUCCAAAAUCCCUCAUUGUACUGAAUUUGCUACGGAUUUGCCCUCUUCGCCCACUGAUCCCGAGGUGGAUGCAGCAGCAGCAGCAGCAACUAAAGCCGAGAAUCCCUGCACUGACACAGGCGACAAGACAUUGCCAUUUCUGCACAAUAUUAAAAUCAAAGUAGAAGACAGUAGUGCUAAUGAAGAAUAUGAACCUGACCUUAUUACAAAUAAGCUAAAGUGUGAGUGCAAUGAUACAAAGGGUGAGUUUUACAGUGUGACUGAAAGUAAAGAGGAGGACGCCUUGUUAACCACAGCCAAGGAAGGUUUUGCAUGCCCUGAAAAAGAAACUCCUUCCUUAAACCCACUGGCUCAGAGUCAGGGCCUUUCAUGCACUUUAGGUUCUCCAAAACCUGAGGAUGGGGAAUAUAAAUUUGGUGCCAGGGUAAGAAAAAAUUACCGGACACUAGUACUGGGAAAGCGACCUGUACUUCAGACACCUCCAGUCAAACCAAAUCUGAAAUCAGCUAGAAGUCCUCGUCCUACAGGUAAAACUGAGACACAUGAAGGAACACUGGAUGAUUUUACAGUCAUAAACAGACGAAAAAAGGUAGCCAGCAAUGUAGCAUCAACAGUGAAAAGGCCAUUUAAUUUCAUGGCAAAUUUUCCUUGUCCACCAUCACUCAUUAUUGGGAAGGAUGGGGAUUUGUGGCCGGCGUAUUCCUUAAACACCACUAAGGAUUCCCAACCUCCUCACAAGGCCCAUCCUAUAUGGAAAUGGCAGCUGGGCGGUUCUGCAAUACCUCUUCCACCUAGUCACAAAUUCAGGAAAUUUAAUUCAUAAAAGCAUUUUGGAAGAUAUUUUCUUGAACCAUAUUACCUUCCUUUUGUUGUAAACUGCACAGGAUGGUUUGUACAAGUCCAUUAAUGUGUUACACCCCUUUUGGAGUCCUGGUUUAUCGCAUUUUGAAGACAGAAAUCGGAUUACUUUUUUUUUUCCAUUGCGGGGUUGUUUUUUUUUUUUUUUUUUUUUUUUUUUUUUUGGAGUAGGGUGGGGGCGGGGUGGGAGAAGGGUUGGUUUACAUUCCACAGACUAUACUUCAGGCUAAAGACUCAAGUAAAACUCAGUUAUUACGGUAGAGCUGGAACAUUUUACUGUUUCAAUGCUAAUAAUGCACCCGGUACCUCAAUUCAACUGCUACAAAUAAAUGUCAAAAGGUUGAAUAAUAAAUAUUACAAUGAGCCAUUAAGUUUAUGCACUAGAUUUCAGACCUGAAAGUGUAACUGUUAAUUCAGUGAAAGUUUGUUAGGUUACAUGGUUACACAGUGAGGCAGCAAGAAGUUUCUGUGAGCCCAAAGUGUUCUUUUCUGGAGCUCUUGUUUGUGGGGUAUCCUUUUCUUUUUCUCCCCCCAUUUCCUCUCCAAGAAUAGUUGCACUUAUUUUUUUUUACUUUUUUUUUUUUUUUUUUUUUUUUGAGUGGAAAGACUGGGGAGUCUUGAUUGAAUGCUGGUAAAAGCUGCCUCAUAUAUACUGAGUAAAGUAAAUAUGAUAGUGUCUUUUUUUUAUAUAUAAAGGGUGUGAUUUUACUUUACAGCCACUCCUUGCAAUUGGAAAAGUCCUUUUUGUGUUCUCACUCAAAGGUUUUAAAUUAGGUGACUCUUACUAUUGUCCUGCUUACCUUGUGGUCUGAACAAGACUCCUCAAACUUGCAAAACAAUUAAAAUAUUUCUCUUACUGGCAGGAUAUUUUAUGAUCUGACUCUUCAUAGUGACAAAGCAGUAAAUAUGACCAAGAAAAGGAAAAUGGGUCAGAAUUGUAAGAAUACCCCGAAUGAAAAAUAACAGUUAUUUCAGGGCUUUUUGGUACCAGAACUCAGGCACUUGGAUUUUUAUUACCUUUUACUUUCUCUGCAUCUCUCUGAACUUCUGUUUUCAGACCAUCCUGUGUAUAGAGCAGGAGAGUUUCUACUGCAAGUGACAAUCAGAGGUGACUAUCUAUAUUUGCACUUAAAAUCAAAGUAGUUCAACAUGCAAAUGGUUAGGGUCUAGCCCUUGGUAAGGGCCAUGCUGGUGUACUAUGUUGUGAUGAUGGAAGCAGUAAAUCAAAAUUAUGGAAAUUUGCACUGUUGAAAAGCAUGCUUUAGCUUUAUUUUCAAUUAAAAACACUGUUUAAAAUUCCUGGUUCCAUACAUUUCUACUUAUUACAGACUGAAGAACAGUUAACAGGAAUGAAUGGUUUUGUUGACAUUUUCACGUGUAAUGUUUUUGCCUGAAAGAAAUGCAUUUAUUUGGUGUAGUGUUUUGUUGUAAUACCAUGUGAUGAGGCCAGUCAGGUUCUGUGCAAAACACUGGUGGAUUUCUUCCUAAAUAACAACAAAACUUUACAAACUUGUUACAGAUCAAGUGCAGAAAGUUUCAGUUUAAAGACAGUGAAGCAGAAAUCAACUGCUGUUUUGCUGAAAGUUAAAUCCAGUAAUUUUUGGUCCACCUCCCCUAGCCUGACAAAGCAUAUUCUCAGAUCUUUGCCAUCUUAAACCUAAGAAGUUUCAUCUAUAGAUCAUAAAUCACAAAACAAAACAUCAAUGCAGUGUUUACUCUGUGAAUUUAAGUCACUAUUUCUCAUGGAAAUUCAGUCUUUUUUUUUUUUUUUUUCUUAACCUUUUAAUUCCUAGUCCCUUUGAAAAUUUCCUUUUGUCUAUAAAUGUUUCAGAUAAAUGUGGAUGGCCUCAGCCCUAAUUGCUGUAUAUGCUCUGUGGUUUUACUCUUAUUGUAAAGGACAGAGGCUGAGAGUACCUGCAUCCAAAAACAUUUGGAUGGAGUAAACAGAUGCUUUGAACUGCCUCCCUUCCUCUCCUUCUUGAAUGUUGCCAGAUGUAGGUUCACUGGAUCCUUUUUUAUUGGGAUGAUAGAUAUGGUCAAAGCAAAAAUUGGGGGAUUUAUCCUUGAAUUCAUGUUUGUACAUAAUUCCAAAGACCAGUACUAGUUACAUUUAAAGCCCCAGAAAGCUGAACCAUUGGUUUCUCAGUCAGUUCUUUCCUCUUUGGAAGGCAACACAGAAUUUGGGUGCAGUGAGUUGUCUUGCAAAAUCAAUCUGUAAAAAGUGUGACAUACACACACUGGAAGUCUGUAAUUUCUGCUCUUUAAUUACUGCUAAGUCAAGAAAGUUCAAAGUAUGAUGACUACUACAUUUAGACUAGUAUUUUUCUUGUUGAUUAUGGAAUUAUUGUGCCUAAAUUAUAAAUUGAGAAUAUAUUUGAAGCCUGCAGAUCUUGGGUGUGGGAGGACUGUGAGAUGGAAUAAGCACAAUUUAAAACAAAUAUACCCUAUGGAAUUUCUGACAUAAAAUAUCGGCCUACAGCUUUGACACUUGGUCUCCAGCCCUCAGAGAAUCAAUAGUUUCAGUUUAUAGGGACUGGAGAAUGAGCAGCAUGGAGGCCGAGGCAUUCCUGAGUGAUACCAUCAAAAGGAAAGAAAUUAAAUAGUCAACACAAAUUUCACCCCAUAGUACUACUAUACUCCAGCCAACCACAGCAAAACCUGAGUUGGGGCUUCUGUUAGGAAAGGGGAACCAAAUAGUUCAGUAACUUGUAAAUACAAGAUAUUCUUUCAAUUUCUGGGAGCCCCUUAGCUGUUUUCCCUAUCUGCAGUAUUCUCAGUACAGUUUUCUUCAUUUGGGUUGGUUUAUGAUGAAUGACAAUAUCUAGAUUUUCUAAGAUGCUAUAAAGCUCCCAUUUCUUCAAAAAGCUAAGCCUUAUUGACAGAAAAAGUUACCUCCAUUGAUUGCAUUUUUACAUUUAAAUGUUUUCAGGUGAUAAGAAUUUUUUUUAAAAAGGUUCCAGGGUCACUGAUUCCUGUGUCUAAAGCUCAACAUUUACUGACAUGAGAAAAAUGCAGGAAAGGGCUCUUUUCUCUUUGAGAAAACAAGUUAUUUUCCGUCUCCUGUAAAAGUAGUUUUUUGAUAAGACUGUGAAAUGAAGAGUUAAUUAUUUUUUAAAGCGAUGUAUGUACUCUGUCUUCCACAGUCAGGUUAUCUGCCUUUUUAGAAAAUGCAGCUUGCUCUUUUUCAACUAUUUACUUUUUAAAGUGGGUAUUCUUUUGUACUGGCUUACUUGAUUACAGUGGAGUAAUCUCAAUAAUGGUUGUUUAUUUUAAAAUCAACAACAAGGAGCCACCACUAAACAGCAAUAACAUAAACUAGAUGGGCUGGUGUGUGGAUUUUUAUCUUAUCCAUGUCUGGGUGACUUUCAAUGGUCUAGAAAUUCCUCAAAGUUCCAGUCACAAGAUUUGGAAGUUUCUGCUGAUAGUUUUGUUUGCAUGCAGGAAGAGAUGUAGACUAAUUCCUCAAAAGCAUUUUUUUUCUUUCAAAGAAAACAAAAAUCCUCUAUGGUUUAAAAAAAAAAAUCAAUCAUUAAAAAUAAAUAAAUAAAGCAUUAGCAUCUACAAAA